GUCCAUGAUAAUUUCAAUUACCGCGCGUAAUUGAAGAAAGUGUUUGAAAUGGAAACGAACAUACAGAAACUCUCCUUCCAAAUUCCGCCUUUACCUCCUCAAACUCCAACACAAACUCCCCCCAUUCUCUCUCUCUCUCUCUAACACAAUCCUUCUUCUUCCUCAAUUCGAACCCUAUAUGUCAGCCCCAUUUAAUCACAACAAAAUUCUCUCAGAUUCAUAGAUCUUCCUGAUCAUCGGUCACUGUCGCUCUGGAGAAUCACGAUCACCAACUGCGUUCUCUUUUUAACAUCGAUCAUUUUGGAUUCAUAUUCAACGCCGUUUCGGCACACGAAGCCGUCGGUAGGUUACCUUCCGAUUAUUCUGCUCGAUUAAUUCGUCUGAUUUGGAAAAAUUCGUGUCUGUAAUCGAAUCGAUGAAGGUCUCGGGCCGCGUCUUCACGAUCGGGCUCGUCGCGUCGUGGUACUCGUCCAACAUUGGGGUUUUGUUGCUGAAUAAGUACUUGCUCAGCAACUACGGCUUCAAGUACCCGAUCUUCCUCACCUUCUGCCACAUGAUGGCGUGUUCGCUGCUCAGCUACAUCGCCACCUCGUGGUUGAAGAUCGUGCCAAUGCAGAGUGUCCGAUCGAGGGUCCAGUUCCUGAAAAUCUCGGCGCUCAGCCUUGUGUUCUGCUCGUCGGUCGUCAGUGGCAAUAUCUCGCUUCGGUAUCUUCCGGUGUCGUUCAACCAGGCGAUCGGCGCAACCACGCCGUUCUUCACGGCGGUUUUUGCCUAUAUGAUGACGCUGAGGAGGGAAGCUUGGCUCACCUAUGUUGCACUUGUACCGGUUGUCACCGGCGUCGUCAUUGCCAGUGGAGGAGAACCAAGCUUCCAUCUCUUUGGGUUUAUAAUGUGCAUUGGUGCUACAGCUGCUCGUGCACUAAAGUCAGUACUUCAAGGAAUUUUGCUCUCCUCUGAAGGGGAAAAACUUAAUUCUAUGAACCUUCUCAUGUACAUGGCUCCAGUAGCUGUUGUAUUGCUCCUUCCAGCAGCGCUCUUGAUGGAGAAAGAUGUGAUUGCAAUGACAAUAGCACUUGCCAGAGAUGAUGUCAGGAUUUUAUGGUAUCUAAUCUUUAAUUCUGCACUGGCAUAUUUUGUGAAUUUGACCAAUUUCUUGGUCACCAAACACACCAGUGCCUUGACCCUACAGGUGUUGGGAAAUGCUAAAGGUGCUGUUGCUGUGGUGGUCUCAAUCUUAAUAUUUAAAAACCCCGUAUCAGUGACUGGGAUGCUGGGUUACGCCCUCACGGUAAUGGGUGUUGUCUUCUACGGUGAAGCAAAGAAAAGAAGCAAGACUUCUUAAAGAGAAAAUCCAUUGAUGCAUAAUGCAUGGUGCUCGUCUAAUUUAUAAUGUUAAAUCUAAUCUUGGCGCUCUGAGCUUCUCCAGUCCAAUGUGGAUGGAUACAACUCACAGCAGAUGCUAUAAAUUGCAAAACCCCCCACAUUUUAUGUCAAGGAGCUUUUUCAGAAGCAAUUAUAGAUCAAGUGAAGAAAAAAGGUUUAUCUUUUUUCCUCUUUUUUUAGGCCAAAGAGAGAGAGGGGACUAUAGAGGGAGACCAAAACAUUUGUUUUGACUUUCUAUGAUCUUUUAGUUUUAGGUGAUGAGAAAAUGUCAACCAUGCUUCAAGGUAGUUGUUGGUUGGGUUUUGAUUCAGAAUUUGUUGUUUUUGUCAAUUUUGGUAAAUUAUUGAGAGGAUCUCAUUAUUUAA